UUGUUGAGAAGGUGGCUGGCCUUUUUCGUGAUGUGUUGUGAAAUAUUCCACGAGUCGCUUGGUCGAUUUUCCAGUGUAAAAAAAAAAUCUUUCGAUUCUGAAGUGAGUAUGGUGGAAAUCUAUUAGUCACGUGAGCUUGGUUGAACCAAGUCACACGCCAAAACAUACCCGUUUGGGGCCGGAAGUUCAAAUCCACGGUCUCGAUUGAGCGUGGCGGACUGGCUCAGAAUUUCCAAGGCCUCACGAAUUCUCCUUCUAAAGUUGUUUUCUUCUCAAGCUAUGAUAGCCGCCUUACUCUCUUCCAACUUGUGGACUGUGUCCACAAGGUGUUAAACGGCGGAACGUGUCGAUCCCCGCCAUAUUCACUUGAGAAAGACGCACAUUGACAGCGUCGAAAGCUUUUGAUCGCUAAAAUAUUGACUCUGCUUCCGUCUCUCGUUUCUUACUAUGUCUGUUACAGAGUCGGGAAACAAUAUCUUUACUCGAUGUAAAUAUUUAACAUGGCCGGAGAGAAUUGCGUACCUAUGAAACCUUUCUCAUCCAUUAUGCAUUAGGUCAUGUAGGCGUUACCGAAAGAGCCCAGAAAAGGCGACUCACUAACAAGAACUCUUCGAAAAAUUUUCAAUGACAAUGUAAAGAUCAGCAAAGAGAAGAUGCUACGCGCCAAAAAGCUGGUGAAAGAUUACGUUGAAGACGAAGUCAUUCCUUACUGCAAAAGAAACUCUCCGCUGCCUCUACUGAGACUAGAAUACACCGGCAGCAUGUACGAAGGGCUAAAGUGCGAGGCCGCCGAUGAAGCGGAUCUCAUGGUAGUUCUGGACACGACCGACUUAGAAGUGGUACUUGAAGACGUAUCAGAGGUACCAGGCUAUGCUAAGAUUAAAGAAGACAUCAACUCGACACCUCUCCGUAGAUACGUUGACCCAUGGGGAUAUAUAAUUCCUGCACAGAUUAGACUGGCUUGGUUCUACAGUCUUGUCACCAAAGCUAAGAAUGCCUUUGAGUUGAAAUUACCACUGUCACCUGUUUGCUUAAGAGUGUCCUCUCACGGACCCGCUGUCAAGCUUGAUAUCAUUCUUGAUGCCACCGGAGCGAAGAAAACUCUGUUAUCAGUUGAUCUUGUGUUAUGCUUUCAAAUUGGGUCCAGCGACUACUACGUGGCCAAGCCUUACGAAGGGAGAAGACCUGUUUCUGAUGCUGAGCUUCUCUGGAGGCCAUCAUUCUCACUCAGGGAAAAAAAGGUGCUGAAGAAAAUAGAUAAAGAAGAUGGCUGUAGACGCGAACUCCUUAGAAUCGUCAAAACCAUCCUAAAAAAAGAAACGACGUUUGCAGGACUGACGUCAUAUCACUUGAAGACCGCCUUUAUGCACUACAUGACUGACACGACCGAAAAUUGGCCUGGAGACCGUUCGCUAGAGGAACACUUUCCAGGUUUUCUCGGAAAACUGCAGAGCUAUUUGACGGAUAGACAACUACCUAACUACUGGCAGCCACGAAUGAACCUCCUGAAGGAUUUAAACCAAAAAGUACUUGAGCACAUGGCUUCUCGUUUAGCAAAGAUGAAGAACUUGUUGUCGUCGAAAGAUGGUGUGCAACCCAGCUCGUUCCAUACAAAAAUUACCAUAAAGCCGCUCGAGAAAAUCGGAAAUUAUUCCGGGGAGGUCGAGAAUGGUGCUUAG